AUGCGUACCGGGCGUAACCGCAACCUCCCCCUCCCACCAAUCAUGGACCCGGCAGUGCAGGCUGCGCGCCAGCGCUGGACAGAGCCGAAGCUCGCUCCGCCUCGAGUUAAGGACAUGACGCCCUUCCAGCAGAAGCUGUACCGCAACCCGUACGCCCACGCACUCGGCACUCCCGUCCGCGCAUGCCGCUCCUCAGGCACUCACCUCCCAAGCCACUUCUUCCUCCGCCUACAACCGACCCUUCACCCAGAGACGUCUGAGCCAUGGCUUCUUCCCACCGCACUCUCAGCUGCCGCACUUCCAGGACCAGGACAGCCCCUUCCCCCGGCCCCCUCAGCAUACACACUCCUGCGCCAAUCCUGGCUAGAGUAUCUUGGGCCCCCACCCCCGGUAGGAGGCUUUGCAACAGCCUGGGCCGGCGGCAAAGCCAGAGCGAAAGGCAAAGCCCCUGGCCGCUGGCGCGACUCGCUGAACAUGCGGAUCUUCGAGCGAGUCGGCACUGAGGCGCGCAAGCUCACGUGGCGGGAAGACAUGCCCGACCUGGUGCUACGGUUGUUGAGAAAAGUCGCGUUCCGCGCGCUGCAGUGGGGAUUUGUGCGGCCCGGGGGCGGGGGAGUGGUGAGACGCAUUGAUGGGGAGGGAUUAAGUCGGUUGGAGGAAGUUGAGGAUGUAGGCGCGGUGGUCUUCCUCCGCCGUCUCGCCGAGUCGCCCGCCCUCCGCCGCGUCCGCACAGAUGUCAUGGCGGCGAUAGACGAAGGUGAUGAACUCGCAACCGUCGUCCGAAAGCUUGUAGCCACUGCGCGGAAAGCCGCUUUGAAGAAGGGCGCCCAGCCCACCUACCAGCAGCUCACAGAGCCGCCCCCGCCCCGCCUGCAGCCGCAGAUUGUGUAUCCCGCACUCGAAUACCCGACGAUGCAGUGGCGGGGCAGGCAAGUCCCAGUGUAUGAUCUACAGGAGUUGCUGGGUGCUGAGGCGUUGGAGGAGUUGGUGGGAGGAACGGCAUGGAAGGAAGAUGAGGCCGUGGUGUUGAGGGAUAACAUUGGGGCACUGGGGGCGCAUUUGGCGCUUACCGGCUUGAAGGAUUAUGUUAUUAGGUAG